CCUCGAUGCCUUCUUCUCUUGGACCGUUUCUGACCCGAAGGACCUUUGCUACCUACCGUAUUCUUCCCUCAGCAGCCUACACAGAUGCUCACAAUACAAAUAAUCCAGCUACAACGACGACGCCCUCCGCAAUCUCUGCGAAACAACGACAUGCUCUAGACAGCGCCCUCAGAGUCGACCAAGCGGGAGAAAUAGCAGCUGUUUCAAUUUACCAAGGCCAGUUGGCCAUGCUAGGGCGGGAUGCAAAGUUGAAACCAAUGCUUCAGGAAAUGCUGGAGCAAGAGAAGAAACAUAUCACUGUGAUGGACAAGCUGCAGGUGCAGCAUAGGGUCCGUCCUACCGUUCUGACAGAGGUCGCGAGGGUUGCAGGAUUUGGACUGGGUGCAGCGACGGCUUUUCUGGGCAAAGAGGCCGCAAUGGCCUGCACGGAAGCCGUUGAAACUGUGAUUGGAGAACACUACGACGAUCAACUGAAAGAGAUGGAAUCAUUACCUUCAGAUCACCCCAGUGUACCUUUGUUGAGAGAUGUGAUACGAGAGUUCCGUGAUGAUGAGCUUGAGCACCUCGACACCGCUGUCCAGAACGAUGCUCAAAAGGCGCCUGCACAUGCUCUAUUGAGUGCGAUUGUUGGCACUGGUUGUAAAAUGGCCAUAGAGCUUUGCAAGAGAGUUUAAUUGCUUGUAAUUAUGCGUUCCUACAACCAAUGUCAUCUUCAUUUUG